AUGGCGUUCUUUCAGGGUCUGUCGCUGCUGCUCCUGCUAGCGUACGCGAGCAGCGGCCUGUGCAAAACCUCCAGAGAGCUACGUCCACCGCACCACCGCCACCAGCCGCAUCACCGUCGCAGCAGCACCGAACACCACCACCACCACCACGACCAUCACCCGCUACAGCGGCAAGCUCGCGCCCUCAGCGAGUUUCUCGUGCCACCACCGGCACCGGUGAACUACCGGGGACCCCGAGGCCCACCCCACCUCCCGUCCGAGGCUCAAGGUAAACACGCGAGGAACGGAAGGUACAUCAACCAACAGGCCGGACCGAACAGCGUGCCUGGUUACUUUUCGAAGCUCGCCAACUGGCUGAACCCCUUCGAGUCCGGGGUGCUGGACGCUCCCUUGAUUCACCAGCAGCAGUUACCCCAGUACGCGCCCCAACAACCCUACACGAGCGCCACAGCCCCGCAACUCCACUACCACCAGCCUCCUCCAGCUCCACCGCUGGCAUCGCCGAGUCAACCGGUCUCUGGAUACCCAAGUCUCGCCUCGUGGAUGAGUGGCAAGUCGUGCAACCCCUGCAACGACGUACCCUGGACCCCGAUUCUACACCAGUACGCCCCGAACGCGGGAAGCAACGCCUACCUGCCCCCACCGGCACCCACCCUACGGGACCCCACCCAAACGCCCGAUUACCCUCACCAGCCGGCUCCAGGAUACCCAGGAAUCUCUCCUCCCCUCUACGACGCCAAACCCUUCGACGACACGGCACCCAGCUACCACCUGUCCAACUCGCCCCAAGUCUACGAGACCUCGUCCCCGUCACCGGUCUACAACCACCAAGCAUCCGCGGAGCUGGACAGCCACCACUACGACGACCACCAGAGCACGGACUUUGACGGCAGCCAGCAGCAACCCUCGAGCUUCGACUACCACUCGAGCUACGACGUCACCGCCCAGCGCUCCUCCCCCAACCCGGACCACCACCACCAGGAGCCCGACCACGCGGAAUCGCGUCCCGUGCACGUCAACAGUCCCACUAACUCCGAGGCCGGCACGUCGACAACUACCCACGACCUUUUGGCCACAGCCACGACACCGGGCACACCGAGGAGACAGCCGAGCUACCAGAACGUGUACUUCCAGCGCUCGCCCCUCAUCGACCUGAGCGUGGCUGGCGAAUCGACCACCACCACCACCACGGGCCCCAGUGCGGUGGUCACGACUCCUUCGUACAGGGGCGAGAAGCGAUACCGGCCGGUCACGAUGGUCGGCUCGGGUGAGAGCACGAGUCCACCACCGCCGGCCACGGUGAUUGAUUACAUCGUGUCGGGUCCGGACGAGGUGCUCGACUCUAACGAGGUCGAGAGGGAGACGAGGCCGCCGAGGCUGUUUAUCAAGCAGCAGCAAAACUCCCUCGAGAGGAUCGUUGUCGGGCCUAGCACGAAGACAAAGGACCCGGGGAUGGAUCAGAAGGGCAAGAAGGUGCCAUCGUACGAGUUUGACAGGAGGGGGAACGGCACGAGGACGGCGAGCGCGGAGAGACUUGGGAGGCCGUACAACGAGACGGAGGACUACAGCGCCAGCAGGGAGGAUGUCGUGCCCAACAAGGACAGCGGCAAGAAGAACAAGCAGAUUAUCCAGAUAAUCAUCCCGUACACGUCGCAGUACACGCCGAGUCCGUUCCACCCCACGAAAUCGGUGGACAAGCACAGAAAAAAGGACAACCGAGGGCCACCCAAGCCUCGAGACCUGGACGAGACAACGAGCUCCUCCGAGUACCUCAACACGGUGGAAAGCGACGAGGACAACGCGGUGAUCGAGGAGUCGCGGCGCGUGCCCGUGACGCGUAGCCCACCACCCCAGCCCAGCCAAUCGUUGCGCAACGCGAGCGGCGACGUGCCACUGGCCGGAAAGAUGGGCAACACCAUAGACGUGCACAGGCUGCAAAAGAACAUCGACAAUUGGACCAUCCAGGAAUACUCAAAGUCGACCAAGUCGAUCGCGAAUUCCCUCAACUCGACAAACCCGCGCUGGCUGUCGUCCAAGCAGAUUCCGGACGAGUACCUGCUGUCGACGGCGGGCCUCGAGGAGACCAGCGGCGAGUACUACGAUUUCAGCAACGAAACGAAAGUCCGGCAUCGGGGGACCGACAAAUUGCAGUCCACCCAGAGUCCGGAGACCGUGACCAAAGUCGACAUAAUAAACGCGACUUACCCGCGCAAACCAGACCCGAGCCGCCGGCGUCAAUCGCCAAGUUCGAGAUCUCGAUCGGCGUCGAAGGGUGACUCGGAGCGCGUGUACGUGGUCACGCCGAUCCCGAGCCCAAACAGCCUCGAGGACUCGAGCAGCCACGAGAAGGGCAGUCGGAGGCCCCAGCAGAUAAAGGAGCACCUCGAGACCGCCGCGUCCUCGUCCUCGCGCGAGGACACCUCCUCGUCGGCCCAGGUGUACGAGCGAGCCUACCAGGUGCUGCCCCAGGCGGUGAACAACCUGGCGGUGCUGUCCCACUCGCCCGAGUCCUCCGCCCCGGCUCUCUGGGGCAUCAUGGAGCACGAAGAGUUUGCCGCGAGUGCCGAUCAGCCGAGGUGGCGCAGCGAAGCCGACGUCCUUCCCGAGCCCGCCUCCACGCCCGUACUCUACGCCGGACACUCCAAGAGAGAUGAUGCGGGUCAGCUAGAGAUACCGGAAGUUACGCAGGACGGAAAAUCCAGAGGCGUCACCUACUUACCACACCCGCACGGAUAA